AUGACAAUGACAGCACCGAUCUCCCUGCAUGGAUUUCAACGAGGCAGCUGGAAGUCUCCCUCCUGCGGCUUUUAGCUGCUUCACUGAAAUCCAUGCAGGGAGAUCGUUGGCGGACUGACAACUCAUGGGGCCCCCGUACAAUAGGGGAACAUGGGGCCCCUGUGUCCUUGCCAAAACUCAAAAAAGCCUAUGAAAAAGGUAUCAGGGGCAUCUCAUGGGGCCCUCUACUGACCCCGGGCUCUCGGGCAGUGCCCGAGUUUCCAAAUGGUCAGUCCGCCCCUGGA